ACAAAAAAAGCAAAGUACACAAUUAUAUAAAUAGUAUAAAAUUGCAUUUACUGGGAAAUUUUUUUUAUUUUUGUAAAAUAAACUGUUGCGUUAAGAUGUCGGUGAAAAUUUUCAUUCUUUUCUCCACUCUCCUCGUCUUAUUGACAGGGACAACAUGUGAGACAACAGCAGGACCAAAAACAACAACUACGAGUAAAGCAUUAUCGUUUCUACAAAACAUGUUCAAUCCCUUAAAGACUACAAAGCGCACAGACUUAAUUUCAACAAUAUUAGGGGGUACAUCCGAAUCAGCGACAAUUGAUGCGGCAGUAACAACAACCACAACAUCAACAAUAGUAGAAUUAUCAACUGCAUCAUCAACAACAGCAGAAUCAACAACAACAGUAAAAACAACAACACCAGAAUCAUCAACAGUAGAAGCAACAAUAGCAAGUAGGAGGUAUUAUACAUUAGGAGGUACAUCCGAAUCAAUAACAACUGAUGCGGCAGAAAUAACAACUACAACAUCAACAACAGCAGAAUUAUCAACUGCAGCAUCAACAACAGCAGAAUCAACAACGGAGGAAGCAUCAACAACAGUAAAAACAACAACAGCAGAAACAACCACGGAAGAAGCAUCAACAACAACGAAAGCAUUAACAACAGAAGAAUCAUUAGGAAGUACGUCCGAAUCGAUAACUACUUCUAAAACUAAUCCAUUAUUGUUUUUGCAAACCCUGUUCAAUCCCUUAAAGACUACAAAGCGCGCAGACUUAAUGUCAACAACAUUAGGAGGUACAACUGAUGCGACAGAAACAACAACUACAACAUCAACAACAGCAGAAUCAACAACGGAGGAAGCAUCAACAACAGUAAAAACAACAACAGCAUCAUCAUCAACAGCAGAAACAACCACAGAGGAAGCAUCAACAACGACUAAAGCAUCCACAACAGAAAAAUCAUUAGGAAGUACGUCCGAAUCGAUAACUACUUCUAAAACUAAUCCAUUAUUGUUUUUGCAAACCCUGUUCAAUCCCUUAAAGACUACAAAGCGCGCAGACUUAAUAUCAACAACAUUAGGAGGUACAUCCGAAUCAGUGACAGAAACAACAACUACAACAUCAACAACAGCAGAAUUAUCAACUGCAGCAUCAACAACAGAGGAAGCAUCAACAACAGUAAAAACAACAACAGCAUCAUCAUCAACAGCAGAAACAACCACGGAGGAAGCAUCAACAACGACUAAAGCAUCCACAACAGAAGAAUCAUUAGAAAGUACGUCCGAAUCGAUAACUACUUCUAAAACUAAUCCAUUAUCGUUUUUGCAAACCCUGUUCAAUCCCUUAAAGACUACAAAGCGCGCAGACUUAAUAUCAACAACAUUAGGAGGUACAUCCGAAUCAGUGACAACUGAUGGGACAGAAACAACAACUACAACAUCAACAAUAGUAGAAUCAUCAACUGCAUCAUCAACAGCAGAAUCAACAACAACAAUAAAAACAACAACACCAGAAACAUCAACAUUAGAAGCAACAUUAGCAAGUAGGAGGUAUUAUACAUUAGGAGGUACACCUGAAUCAAUUACUAAUGAUGCGGCAGCAUCAACAAUAGCAGAAUCAACAGCAAAAGAAACAACAUUAGGAAGUGCAUCCCAAUCGACAACAACCAAAGCUACACUUAAUACUGUUACACCAUUGUCUAUGGGUAAAAGUAGAAUUUCAGGAUUGGCUAUGAAAUCAGUUAGUUGGUUUCAACUAUGUAAAACAGCGCUAAAAUUUUGGAUUUUAGAUUGAUUUUAAAUGAUAUCUAUUUGUUGUAUAUAUUUAACAAUUAAAUUUGUACUUUUAUUUGAAAGGAAAUAAUAAAUUUGAUUUUAUAAA